CUUGUGGGCGGGGUGCUCGAUUUCCUUAGGGAGGAGCGACAGAGCCACUGACACGUACGAAUGUCUCAAUAAUUUAGAGGAAGAUGAUACAGUUACAGGAAAGGAAUACGUCCAAUGCGUUUCCGUUAGUAUUCGAACCGCUUUCUUAAUGUGCCCUUCUCUGUUCAGAAGGUCGCGCUUAAAGGAGGUGUGUACCGCACCAGAAGUCGGAGUACAAUGAGGUUUUCUAUGUUGAUCAGUCUGUUAAGGCCGAUCGGCCCGGUUAUUAUCGGGAUCUCUCUGGGAUUUACUCUGAGUUUGCUGAGUGUGAGCUGGGUCGAGGAAAGCUGUGAUAUUAAUGCCAUAGGAGAUGAAGGAAUCGUUUUAUCCCAGGAUGGAAGUCUGAAAGGAGCCCGGAGACCCAACUCUAUUUCCCCUGGGAAUGAUGGUGAGGAGGAGAAGGAUUUCCAGCCGAGAAUAAUCCCAUAUAAACCAGUGAAACAGACUCAGCCCAAGAAACUUUUCAGGGCGAAAUACAUCAGCACAGAGUUGGGAAUUCGAGAGCGUCUUUUCGUGGGAAUACUCACCUCCAAAAACACCAUCAACACUCUGGGUGUGGCCGUCAACCGCACCAUCAGCCAUCAUCUGGACAAUGUUGUGUUCUUCACCGGCACACGAAGCCACAAGAUACCCCACGGGAUGAUGGUGGUCACCCACGGUGAUGAACGCCUCAUCUGGAACAUGUUCCAGACCAUUAAGUACAUCCUAGAACAUUACAUCACAGAGUACGACUGGUUCUACCUCGCCCAGGACGACACGUACACGCAGGCGGAUCGUAUCAAGGCUCUGGUAGAGCACUUGAGUAUGAACCGGGUGCUGUACAUGGGCAGCCCAGAAGAGUUCAUUGGAGGUGAGAUGCAGGGGCGGUAUUGCUAUGGGGGGUUCGGAUACCUGCUGUCCCGCAGUCUUCUGUUAAGACUCCAGCCCUUCCUGGAGAACUGCAGGAACGACAUCCUCAGUGCCAGACAUGACGAGUGGCUUGGACGAUGCAUCAUUGACUAUGCUGAUACGAACUGCGUGGAAGAAUUUGAGGGGCAGAAGUAUUAUUAUUAUGAAAUGGGAAAAAAUUCUGACCCUAGUAAGGAAGAUAAUGUGCAGUUUAAUAAUGCACUGACUGUCCAUCCGGUGUCUGAUCCUGAGCAGAUGUACAGACUUCACAAACACUUCACUGAGAUCGAGCUGCAGAAGACAUACGAGGAGAUCGAAAAACUGCAGGCGGAAAUAAAAAAUGUGAGCGUGGUGGCUUUUGAGGGCAACCGUAGUGCCUUGUGGCCAGUAGGAAUCAAUCCACCCUUUGAGCCCAAAACACGUUUCGAGGUCCUGCGGUGGGAUUACUUUACCGAAGAUCAGGUAUACUCUUGCAUUGAUGGCUCUCCAAAGUGUGAGCUUCGUGGAAUCGAUAAGCUGGACGUAGCUGACGUCAUUGAGACGGCUAUGGGUGAGCUGAACAAGAAGUACAAGCCGGUUCUGCACCUGAAGAAGCAGCAGCUUAUUAACGGAUACAGGCGCUUUGACCCCACCAGAGGGAUGGAGUACACCCUGGACCUACAGCUGGAGGUGGUUAACCAGAAAGGACAUAGUCGCUCCAUCACCAAGAGGGUUCACCUGGUGAGGCCUCUCAGUCGUAUUGAGAUCAUCCCCAUGCCUUAUGUUACAGAAGCAACUAGAGUCCACAUCAUCUUACCCGUCACUCUUCAAGACCGAGAGCAUGUUCAACAGUUUUUGGAAGUAUACGCCACAAAUGCGUUCGAAACCAGCGAGAAUGCCAUCUUGACAUUUCUCUUUAUCUACGAUCCAAUUGAAGCCCAACAAGUCAACCAGAAUGACAUCUUCGCCAGUGUCAAAGCGCAAAUCAAUGCUUAUGAGCACCGCUAUCCUACGGUCAAAAUCCCCUGGAUCAGUGUGAAAAGCGAAAGUCCCUCUCAAAUCAAAUUUAUGGACAUCAUCUCCAAGAAGCACCCGGUUGACACGUUGUUCUUCAUCGCCACCGUGAAAACCAGCAUCAACUCGGAGUUCCUCAAUCGCUGUCGGAUGAACUCCAUCAACAACUGGCAGGUGUUCUUUCCCAUCCAUUUCCAAUACUACAAUCCUGACAUUGCUUAUCAUAACCAGCCUCUUCCCAAUACAUUGGAUUUGGUCAAAGAGGCUGGCCACUUCGAUCGCAGUUCCUUCACCGAAGCAUGUUUCUACAACUCGGACUACAUGGCUACCCGAACGCGCAUGUCUUCGGAUGUCCAGGAGAACGAGGAGAUCCUGGAGAACCUGGAUAUUUAUGACAUGUUUGUCAAAUACUCUGGCCUCCAUGUUUUCCGAGCAGUGGAGCCGGCCCUGCAUCAGAAAUACAGCUACCAGCCAUGUAAUCCUCGUCUUAGUGAAGAUAUCUACCAGAGGUGUGUGCAGAGCACCCUCGACAGCCUUGGAUCACGCUCUCAGCUCGCCAUGCUGCUGUUUGAACAGGAACAGGGCAACAGUACUUAAAAACCAAACCUUGAAGAUUGAGAAAUGACUAAGGGGUGAUAAACUGUUUUCGUCCAUUAGGCUGAUGCUUUACUAGUAGGCAGCCUGUGGAGUCACAGCGCUGAACACAUCACAAAUGGUGUCGGUACCAAAAAAAUGACUAAAAACAAUUUAAGCCUACUUAAAAAUAGCAGAUUUUUGUGACACCAGGGGAUUUAUGAUUUUGCUAUCUUUCUCAUUUGAGCAGAUUGGUUUAUGUUGGCUCCUAAACCAAGCAGCUGUUAGCUGUUGAAAUGAUCACUAUCGUAACACAUCUAAAUCGCUGUGCCUUCAAAAAUAUGCUGUCCUUUUACUAUACUUUUGUCCGCAGACACUUUUCCUUAAGCAGAUUUGUUUAAAAGAGUUUUAAUAUUUAUUUAACGUAACAGGGUUUUUGUAGUAUGAAGGAACCGUAUCCAGAUUCUGUGUUCUAGCAGUCGGUUUAUUAUUGUUGAAAUGUUUUUAAAUGUCAAUUCACACUCGGUACUGAAUUUAUUAACCCUGUAGCGCUAACUUGUUAAAUCUUAGGCUGAUUUUAAAGUAAAAUCAUUGUCUUACUGACCAUUAGUGCCAAAGAAACAAAUGUCAAGAAAGUUUCAAACACUACUUUGACCAAAACUUUUCAACCAGCAUGGUUCCAUGUAUAAUUUAUGCUUGAAUUCUGAACAGCAGAGCACAGACAUUAUUACAAAUACUUGCAUUUAAAUGCAUAUCAAUAUUUGUAAUAUUGAAACCACCUCAAAGAGAUUUGUCAGAUUAAACAAGUAAACUUUUUAUAGUUUUGCACUAAUAAUUUCAUUGCAAAUCUGCCUUGUAUAACGGUAAUACUGCACAAUACGCCUGUCAAAGCAUUUCAUUUUGUUCAAGAAAAGAUUAUAGGGUACAUUACACGGUUAUAGUUAGUUCCUGUGCUGUCUACCAGAGAGGAGUGCAAUACUAGUGCAAUACUAUUAAGAUGGUCUUCUUAGAGCCUGCUGAUGGAAACACUCCAGAUGAAAUAUACAUCUGUUAAUACAUUUUUGAAGAUGCACUACAGAGAGCCUCUAUUACAGACCAUUCUAAAACACAAUGUGUUUUCGUGGGAACAUUGGGUUAUAUAAGAUAAUUUUUUGUGGGUCUUCUUUUUUGUUCUUCAGAACUAUUUCUUGGUACGUGUUACUGUAUUUACUUAGUGUUGUGUCGAAGUUUUUUAUUUAAGCAAUCAUAAACUUAAUGCAGUACACUGACGACAUCUUACAAAAGUGACUUAUGUUAACACAAUAUCAUGAUGCUGGAUGUCAAAUGUUUGUGCGUUCGACGAGCUGUGAAAGGUUUUACAAAGUGGUGUUUUGUACGUUUUUAAAUGACACAUGCACAACAUGAAUGGACUCAUCACAGACUGAGCGCAGAUUGAAGACGCUACUGGCCUUUAGGGGUCAGCAAAGGAGCGUGGGAUUACAGCUGCUCUCAGAUAUGUAUACUUUCACAAGACUGUUUCUUAACCUCACCUUUGUUGAUUUUUUUAUUUCACUAUAAAUAUUCUCUAUAAAUCUAUUGUAUUUUGUUUUAAUAUUAUUGUACAAAAUGUUUAAUAAAGACUUUAUUUUAGGGCUCAGUA